GUUUGAGGACUACUGUCCUGAGUCACUAGAAGAGAGCUUGGCAGCUCCACAAAGACUAACACCGAAUCUGUGUUUGGACACGCAACGCGCAAGGCGAAAAGGCAUAGGUUGUAGCUGAAGGCUUUAACGGAACAGUGAAAAUGAAAAGUAAAAGCAAGGAAGACAUGUCAACGGAAAAGACAAAAGUGGAACAAAAUGGGGACUUAAGUGAAGCUAAGGAGAAGGAAGAGCCAAAGGAAAAGAUGGAAAUGGUCAGCCCAAUAGCUAUUUUUCGUUAUGCGGAUGGACUGGAUACAUGUCUAAUGGUAGUGGGGUUAGUGAUGGCUUUGGCCAAUGGCGCGGUGCUUCCUCUUAUGGCCGUCGUCUUUGGAGAUAUGACCGACAGCUUUGUGGAUGACGAAAGAUACAUAAACUCUUCAUCUAAUGAAACACUGGGAGAGCAAAUGACAAGUCAUGCAAUUUACUACUCAAUCAUGGGAGCCGUUGUGAUGGUGGCCGCUUAUCUACAAGUAGCCUUAUGGACACUGGCUGCCGGACGACAGGUCAAAAGGUUGAGGAAACUGUUCUUCCAUGCCAUUGUGCAGCAGGAGAUUGGGUGGUUUGAUGUCAACGAGACGGGACAACUUAACACCCGCUUGACUGAUGAUAUUCACAAAAUCAAUGAGGGCAUUGGUGACAAACUGGGGAUGCUGUUACAGUCCUUGACCACGUUUAUAGCAGGGUUUGUGAUCGGCUUCAUAAAGGGCUGGAAACUCACCCUGGUCAUCCUGGCCAUCAGCCCCGCCCUGGGAAUUUCUGGUGCAGUGCUCUCUAAGCUCAUGACGUCAUACACAUCCAAGGAGCAGACGGCGUACGCCAAGGCUGGGGCAGUGGCUGAGGAGGUCAUCUCAGCAGUGCGCACGGUCAUGGCCUUCAGUGGACAACAAAAAGAGAUCGACAGGUAUCACAGAAAUUUAGAGGAUGCCAAGAAUGUGGGUGUGAAGAAAGCCAUAACUGGCAACAUAGCAAUGGGCCUAACCUUCAUGAUGAUAUACAUGUCGUAUGCCCUGGCCUUCUGGUAUGGCAGCACUCUAAUUCUGGCUGGCGAGUACACCAUUGGGUCAGUGCUAGCGGUUUUUUUUGCAGUCAUCAUUGGCGCCUUUGCGUUGGGACAAACCACGCCAAACAUACAAACAUUCGCCGUGGCGCGGGGAGCCGCCCACAAGAUUUACAGCAUCAUUGACAGUAAACCCAAAAUCAACAGCUUUUCGGAUGAGGGCUAUAAACCAGAUCUAGUUAAAGGGAAUAUCGAAUUCCAGAACAUCAAUUUCAUGUACCCAUCACGACCAGACAUCAAAGUCCUGAAUGGCAUGAAUUUGAGGGUGAGCUGUGGGCAGACCAUGGCCCUCGUGGGCAGCAGUGGCUGCGGGAAAAGCACAACCGUCCAGCUGCUGCAGAGGUUCUAUGACCCACAGGAAGGAGCGAUCAGCAUUGAUGGACAUGACAUCCGCUCCUUGAACGUUCGUAGUCUGAGGGAGAUGAUUGGCGUGGUGAGCCAGGAGCCAGUGCUCUUUGCCACCACCAUUACUGAGAACAUCCGCUACGGCCGUUUGGACGUGACCCAGGCAGAAAUCGAGCAGGCCACACGUGAGGCCAAUGCCUACGACUUCAUCAUGAAGCUCCCUGAUAAAUUUGACACCCUGGUGGGAGACAGGGGUACCCAGCUGAGUGGUGGUCAGAAACAGAGGAUUGCCAUCGCCCGUGCUCUCGUUCGCAAUCCUAAAAUACUCCUCCUGGAUGAGGCCACAUCUGCCUUGGAUGCAGAGAGUGAGACGGUUGUACAGGCUGCACUGGACAAGGUGAGACAAGGUAGGACGACCAUCGUGGUGGCCCACCGACUUUCAACGAUUCGCAAUGCCGAUGUCAUCGCUGGUUUUGAGAACGGCCGGAUCGUGGAACUUGGCACCCACAGAGAGCUGAUGGCCCGAAAUGGAGUGUACCACACCCUGGUCACCAUGCAGACGUUCAAGACUGCCGCAUCCAUGGAUGAGGAGGAGGAGGAGGUCAUUGUAGACCAGAAAAGUCCAUCUGUCAUGUCCGAGUCCAGCCUCUUCAGGAGGAAGUCGACCAAAACGUCCCCUGAAGAUACAAAGGCAGACCAGAAGAAAGAUAAAAGUGACGAAUCAGAGGAGGAGAAGGUCCCACCAGUUUCAUUUCUGAAGGUGUUGCGCCUGAACCGUCCAGAGUGGCCCUACAUCGUGGUGGGCGUUUUGUGUGCCACAAUCAACGGGGGCAUGCAGCCCGCUUUCGCCAUAAUCUUCUCCAAAAUUAUUGGGGUAUUUGCUAAAACAGACCCACUUAUCGUCGAACAGCAGUCCACGUUCUUUUCCCUGAUGUUUGCGGCUCUUGGAGUCAUUUCCCUUGUCACAAUGUUUUUUCAGGGCUUCAGUUUUGGAAAGGCUGGGGAGAUUUUAACCAUGAGACUGAGAUUUAUGGCUUUCAAGGCAAUGCUGAGACAGGAGAUGGGCUGGUUUGAUGACCCUAAGAACAGCGUGGGGGCCCUUACAACCCGGCUUGCCACAGACGCUGCCCAAGUGCAAGGUGCAACAGGUAUCAGGUUGGCCACGAUGGCCCAGAAUGUGGCCAACAUGGGGACGUCUAUCAUCAUAGCAAUGGUGUAUGGCUGGCAGCUUACCCUGCUCAUACUGGCCAUUGGGCCUCUGUUGGUAAUUUCUGGAACAAUCCAGAUGAAGACGCUGAGCGGACACGCUAGCAAGGACAAGAAAGAGCUGGAGGUGGCAGGGAAGAUUGCAACUGAAACCAUUGAGAACAUACGCACAGUGGUGUCACUGACCCGUGAAAGCACAUUUGAGUCUCUCUACCAGGAGAACCUGGUGGUGCCAUACAGCAACGCAAAGAAAAAGGCUCAUGUUUACGGCAUCACGUUUGCGUUUUCUCAAGCAAUCAUUUAUUUCUCUUAUGCUGCCUUUUUCCGCUUUGGGGCCUGGCUGAUUGAAGAGGGGCACAUGAAUUUUGAGAAUGUUUUUCUGGUUAUUUCUGCUGUGCUGUACGGAGCUAUGGCUCUCGGAGAGGCCAACUCUUUCACUCCAAACUAUUCCAAAGCCAAAGUCUCUGCUGCACACUUGUUCAUGCUGAUCAAUCGAGUUCCUGCCAUCGACAAUGAUUCAAAUGAGGGAGAAAAGCCGGACCAGUUCGACGGAAACGUAAAGUUCCAGAACGUUCAGUUCCAGUACCCGUCCCGGCCAGACGUGAAGGUCCUGCAGGGCCUCAGCAUGCGGGUAAAGAAGGGCCAGACGUUGGCGCUCGUGGGCAGCAGCGGCUGCGGGAAGAGCACCCUUGUCCAGCUGCUGGAGCGAUUCUACGACCCAUUUGACGGCACUGUGAUGCUGGGCCAACACAGCUCCAAACAGCUGAACAUCCACUGGCUCCGAGCACAGAUGGGAAUUGUCUCCCAGGAGCCUGUGCUGUUUGACUGCAGCCUGGCAGAGAACAUCGCCUAUGGCGACAACAGCAGAGUCGUCAGUCAGGAGGAAAUCAUAGAGGUGGCCAAAGCUGCCAACAUCCAUUCCUUCAUAGAAAGUCUGCCGCAGAAAUACAACACUCAGGCUGGAGAUAAGGGCACCCAGCUCUCAGGCGGUCAGAAACAGCGGGUAGCUAUCGCCCGGGCCUUACUCCGAAACCCGAAGCUUCUCCUCCUGGACGAGGCCACAUCUGCUCUGGAUACAGAAAGCGAAAAGAUCGUACAGGAAGCCCUGGACAAGGCCAGAGAGGGCAGAACCUGCAUUGUGGUGGCCCACCGACUGUCCACCAUCCAGAACGCAGACCGCAUCGCCGUGAUACAGAAUGGCGUGGUGGCCGAGCAGGGCACACACCAACAGCUGCUGGCCAAGGAGGGUGUGUACCACACCCUGGUCACCUCCCAGCUAGGGUACAGAGGAGGAGAAGGAGCAGCAGAAGGAGAAACGGAAUGAAAACACACCGACGGGCAUUGCUCCAUGGCAAUGGGUUCGGAUCGAGAAGUUUUAAGGACUGGGGGGGGGGGGGGGAAACAU